AUGGCGAUCGACUUGCUGCGCCGGCAGUCCGGCCCCGACGACGGCCGCGACCACGAGGACCUGGGUCCGAUGCUCAACACUGUCUUCUGGACCAUGGCCGCGCUGUCGACCAUCUUCCUCGCUCUGCGCGUCUACACAAAAGUGUCGCGCCGCCGCAAGAUGUGGUGGGACGACUGGCUGCUGAUUGCGUCGUGGGUCGCCUUCAUGACCUCCGCUGCAACAACCUCCGUCUGCAUCGAGCUCGACUACGGCAAGAACGCCUGGGACAUGGACCCGAAGAACUUUCCAAAGAUGCCCUUUGUCGCCGUCUUCGCCGGUUUCUUCUCCGUGCUGGCCGCCUGCUGGAGCAAGACCUCGUUCGCGCUGACGCUGUAUCGCCUGGUCCACGAGACGUGGAUCAAGCUGCUCAUCUGGUUUCUCAUCAUCACCCUCAACGCCAUUCUCGGCACCGCCAUGCUGCUCAUGUGGAUCAAGUGUCGGCCGAUUCAGAAGAUCUGGGAUGAUAAGCUGCCCGGGAGGUGUAUCGAUCCCGGGAACAUUGUAAUUGUGUAUCAGUGGUCGGCAGGGUAUUCUGGGGCGGUGGAUGUUGUGUUGGCGUUGUUGCCGUGGUAUAUCCUGCCGAGGAUGAAGAUGACCCUCACUAAAAAGGAGCGGUUUUUUGUGGCUAUUUGCAUGAGCAUGGGCGUUGUCGCCGGUGCGGCGUCCUUCGUCAAAAUGGUCGAGCUGCCCAACCUUAAAGGCGGAGCCAAGGAAUCCGUCUCCGUAACGCUCUGGGGAAGCACUGAGGGCUCCCUCACCAUCAUCGCUGCGUCUAUUCCCGUCUUGCGCGCGCUCAUCCGCAAGGACAAGGGCCGUCGGGCGCCAAAAUUUGACACGAUUGACGAGCGCCGCCUCAAUGAAGUGGGCAAUACCUCGCUUGAUACAUUGCAGACGCCGUGCAAGUAUACCAACUCGACAGAGAAGGAUUGGCUGCAUACGUCGACGGAGUGGGAGGGUUCACAGCCUGAGCAGGCGUGA